AUGGCGACUAAGAAAAAAUAUCCUGAAGAUGUAGAUAUUCGGGUUUUGAUUGACCGAGGGACCGGGGAAUAUGAUACAUUUCGCCGUUGGUUGGUUGUGCCUAAUGAGGCAGGAUUGCAAGAGCCAGGCAAAGAAAUUUUGUUGUUUGAAGCACAAGAGCAAGUGGCUGAUGUGGAAGUUGAUGACUAUAUUGAAGAACAGGUUGAAUCUGUUGAGAUUGGUCGGAUUGGCGUUCAAAUGGCAAAACAGGUCAUCGUACAAAAAAUUCGCGAUGCGGAACGAGAUCAACUCAUUAAUGAUUUUCUAGAUCGCGACGAGCUGAUUUUUAACGGGACCGUUAAACGGGUUACCAAAACGGAUUUUGUGGUGGAGUCAGGGCGCGUGGAGGCGGUUCUCAAGCGGGAUCAGAUAUUGCCGCGUGAAGCAUUUCGUGUGGGGGACCGUGUGCGUGCUUAUAUCGCCAAUGUGGAUAAAAACUCCAGAAUUUCUCUUGAAUUGUCAAGAACAUCACCGGACUUUUUGAUUGCCCUUUUUAAUAAUGAAGUGCCGGAAAUUGAUCAGGGAUUGUUAGAAAUUAAAGCGGCGGCCCGCGACCCAGGGGUUCGUGCCAAAAUUGCCGUACACGCUAUGGACAAGCGGAUUGAUCCCAUAGGGACUUGUGUCGGAGUGCGCGGCACGCGCAUAACCGCCGUGCGUAAUGAAUUGGGAAAUGAGGCCAUUGAUAUUGUGCUGUGGUCAGAAGAUCCUGCACAAAUGGCCAUUCAAUCGUUGGCACCUGCGGUCGUGAAGUCCAUUGUCGUGGACGAAGACAAUCACAGUAUGGAUGUCGUUGUAGACGAUAAUGAAUUGGCUAUUGCAAUUGGGCGUGGCGGACAAAAUGUGCGUUUGGCUAGUGAGUUAACAGGAUGGCAGAUUAAUAUCAUUACACCGGAAGAGUCCGAAAAACGUCAAGAAGCUGAAAGUGGCGUGACGCGAGCGUUGUUUGUCGACAAACUGGAUAUUGACGAAGAAGUCGCAGACAUUUUGAUUGCGGAAGGGUUUGCGAGUCUUGAAGAGGUUGCCUAUGUGCCCAUUGAAGAAAUGCUCGAUAUUGAAGAGUUUGACGAAGACAUUGUUAAUGAGUUGCGUAAUCGUGCUCGGAAUGCCUUGUUAACGAUUGAAAUUGCCCGCGAAGAAAAUAUUGAAUCAGUUUCGCAAGAUAUCAGAGAUAUUCAGGUAUUAACUUCAGCCAUGAUUGCCGAAUUAGCACAAGCUGGGGUGAACACCUUAGAUGAAUUGGCCGAGUUAGCCGUUGAUGAAUUACACGCCAUAAUUCCUGAGUUAAGUGAGAAGGUCUGUGCCGAUGUGAUUAUGCAGGCGCGUGCGCACUGGUUUACUGAAGAGGCGUAA